CGUCAAUAAAAAAGAGCCCCGCUGCAAAAUAGGUAAAGAUUCGUUCAGAACAGGUUUUGCUCAAGAAUUAAAAGAAUUCAUUAAGACAUCAAUAUGGUUCAUUGGACAGACGCCGAGCGCCAUAUCAUCGCUGACCUGUGGGGAAAGAUCAACCAUGACGAAAUCGGAGGACAGGCCCUGGCCAGACUUCUGAUUGUGUAUCCAUGGAACCAGAGGUACUUCUCUUCCUUUGUUAAUCUAUCCAAUGCCGCAGCCAUCAUAGGAAACCCCAAGGUGGCUGCCCAUGGAAAGGUGGUCCUUGGUGGUCUGACCAAAGCUGUGCAAAAUUUGGACAACGUUAAGAGCACCUACGCUCAGCUGAGUGCGCUUCACUCUGAAAAACUGCACAUGGAUCCCAGCAACUUCACGCAUCUUGGUGACAGCUUUACCAUAACUCUGGCCGCAAAUUUCGGACCCUCAGUCUUCACCCCUGAAGUGCAUGAGACUUGGCAGAAAUUCCUGAAUGUCCUCGUGGCUGCUCUGGGAAAGCAGUACCACUAAACACGCAUCAUAAUAUAAAGAUGUGCAGGUCUUUCACUCUGUGACUAGAACAUGAAAUAAAACGUUAAACAACA